AUGCAGGCGCGGUGGAACCAGGCGCCUUUGCACGCUGGGCACACCGUGGUGGUGURUGAUAUUUGCUCCUCCACCAGCUCCGGGCAGAUGAUGCAGGUGGUGUCCGGCUCUGGCUGUGCCUGCACUGCCUGCUCUGGCCGGUGCUCCCAGCAGAAGGACGUGCGCCCAGCCCAGGAUGUGAAGGUCGGAGAUGACUUUGCCUCGCUCUGCACUAAAGGAACUGUUCUUAUCAGAAGCAGUAAUGGCCAGCUAAUGCUAGUAUCUCAACAAGCAAUAGCACGAGCACAGUGCCAGCCACAAAAUAAAACCAAUGUAAGACCAGCUGUACCUACCAGCACACCUGCAGUCAGAAUAUGUGCUGUACAGAACUCUGGCACCCCAUUACUAAAGAAAGUAAUAGCUACUCCUGUGAAAACAUUGUCACAAACAACAAAUUCUGUGGUUUCUACUGUUCAGCCACCUGCUGUAAUACAGCCAGCAGCUGCAACAGCAAGUGUUACUGCAGUUACCACUGUAAAGCCUUCGAGUACUGGAACACCUGUAAAACUUCCAGCUACAGGACCACCUGCCCAAGCCAUCUCCCAAAAGGCAGUCUCUGUGAAAGCARAGGGCACAACAGUAGCACAGACCAACACUUCAGCAGAAAUGCUAGAGAAUGUGAAGAAAUGCAAGAAUUUUCUUGCCACACUAAUAAAACUGGCAACUAGUGGACCUCAAGCCCCUGAAAUGGGGCAGAAUGUGAAGAAUCUGGUGCAAAAUCUACUGGAAGCAAAAAUUGAACCAGAAGAAUUUACAAAAAAGCUGUAUAUAGAACUCAAGUCUUCUCCACAACCAUACCUAGUUCCUUUUCUCAAGAAGAGCAUGCUUGCCUUACGGCAGCUCAUGCCGAAUGCUCAGAGCUUUAUCCAGCAGUGUAUGCAGCAGCCAGGCCCAGCCCCAGAAGCUUUUCCAGUUUGUACCUCGGCAGCACCAACCCCUUCUGGAGCAGUGGCAACCUCAGCAGGAGCAACCGCUUCUCUUCUGACCCUAAAACCAGCGCCUGCUUCCACAACAGUCACAGCCUCUCCAGUUUCAAACCCCAUCCUUUCCAGUGCUCCUGGGACAGCCUCUCUGCAAGCUGUGAAACCCCUUCUUGCCCCUGCAGUGGGGACAGCCUCUCUCCGGCCCGCGAGCCCAGGCUUCACCACGACAGUGGCGACGUCCGCGCUGGCUGCAAUCCAGACUGUAAAGCCGGGCUUCGCUUCUGCGGUAGCAACAUCAUCUCUUCAGCCUAUGAAGCCGGUGCUGGUCUCAACGGUGGCAACUUCUGCACCAACUGCUCUGCAGCCUCUGAAACCAGUCAUUGGAACCCCAAUCAGUAUUAAAAUCUCACAGCCCAACGCCGUGGUUGCGCAGUCAGUUGGUACUCCGCAGGUGGUUAAAGUGAAACAGUUGGUAGUGCAGCAGCCAUCAGGAACCAUUGUAAAGCAAGUAUCCGCACCCCCACGGCCCUCAACGCUGACCUUCCAGACCUCCUCUGAGAAGAGGAUGCCACUGAAUACACUUGUUCAAACAACUAACCAGUUUCCUGCAGGUUCCAUUCGGAAACAAAUUACCCUGCCAGGAAAUAAAAUUCUGUCGCUUCAAGCAUCUCCUGUUCAGAAAAAUAAGAUAAAAGAGAAUGGAACAACAUCCUUCAGUAAAGAUGAAGAUGACAUAAAUGAUGUGACUUCUAUGGCUGGGGUCAAUCUUAACGAGGAGAAUGCGUGUAUUCUGGCAGCAAAUAGUGAGCUCAUUGGCACUGUGAUGCGUUCAUGUGCGGAUGAACCUUUUCUCUCCUCAGAAGCUCUUCAGAAGACUAUCUUGAACAUAGGUAAAAGGCAUGACAUUAUGGAACUUAACUCUGAUGUUGUGAACUUGAUCUCCCAUGCUACCCAGGAGAGAUUACGAGGGCUUCUAGAAAAGCUAACUGUAAUUGCUCAGCACAGAGUAUCAACCCAUAAGGGGAGUGAUAAAUACAUCAUAUCUAGUGACACUAGAGCUCAGCUGCGGUUUCUUGAAAAGCUUGAUCACCUAGAAAAGCAGCGAAAGGAUGAAGAGGAACGUGAAAUACUGCUCCGAGCAGCCAAGAGUCGCUCCAAUAAGGAAGAUCCAGAGCAACUGCGUUUGAAGCAGAAAGCAAAAGAGAUGCAACAGUUGGAGUUAGCACAAAUGCAGCAGAGAGAAGCCAACCUCACAGCUUUGGCAGCCAUUGGACCGAGGAAGAAGAGACCUUUGGAUUCAUCAAAUCUUGGGCUAGAGGGUCUGAAUGGCAACGGCGUUGCUCCUGGAUCACCGGGUUUCAGCCUUACAAAGCCCUUGCUUCGUCCAAGAAUAACCCGCGUUUGUCUCAGGGACUUGAUAUUCUGCAUGGAACAAGAAAGGGAGAUGAGGCACUCUCUAGCCUUGUACCGUGCUCUUUUGAAGUGAUUUGAGUUUUACAUUUCAACUUUGCUGUCUACUGCCAAAGAAAACACUGAAGCGUUGUUGCACUGUCUUGAAAUUCCGAUUUCUGGAAAAAAAAGAUCCGUUGUAAGGAUAACUCUUGUUUACAGAUAAACAUUUUUAUUAAAUACCUAUCUUAUCACCUGUAGGGUUUUUAAUAAUAUUUGGCUUAAACCRAUCUGUAAACCAGUGAAAACACUGAACUGCACACACAAGCACCUGAUUACCUGCAUGCCUUUGACUGCCUUGCAGGCUCUGAGGGCUUGAGACGUGUACCUAGUUUAUGUAUGUCACUUGCUUCAGUACUCCAGAGCCUGCAACAUCUGUUCUGUGUGGGGUGCCUUCUUCUAAUCCAACCUUAGGGAAGCAAAUUAACACGUUAAGGGCACUGCAUAGCAUGACAACUGUAUUUAAUCAUGAGCUAGCAGUCAGCCAACAUGCUAAUGUGUUGCCUACCUGACUCUGCAUCUCCUUAAAUUUUCUGGGUUUGGAAUUGCUACUAAACGUAGUGGAGAAUGCGGAGGACGAAGCAGCAAGUGAAGGRACGAGGGACACCUUCUCCCCUCCCCUUACCUCACCUCCAGUGCCCUCUCCCUCUCUUCUGAGAAAGCAACUGAAGGAAGGAAGGUAAAUAGAUGGAUAAUUCCUGUGAUUAACGUACAUCAAACAGUGCAGUYGCAUGUAGCGGCAUACUUCCAUGUUUGGGAAGAGCUGGAGUUACUAAACUUGAAUACAGGGAGUGAAAGAGCCUAAAAAGGAAGGGUAAACUGAAGAAACAGAUCUCUUGUGUUUUUUUUUCUUUAAGUAGAUAUCAAAAAUAGCAAUGAACUCAAACAUGGGUUUUUUAAAAAGAAACGGACAAAAGCAAUCUGUGCUGACUGCAGAAAAGGGAACACUUAAAAUACACAGUCUAAAACUUUACAGCUGGAACCUCUUUUAAGAAGAAAAGUAGUGUUUGCAAAGCACAGUAUUCACUAC